UAUUGAAAAUGCUUUCCCAAUAUAUGGAAGAAUUUGAACAGGAACCCUUUGAAGUUAGUGGCUUUGUCGAAAGAUUAACCUGGCGUACAAAUAACGAAUGUGACAACAGCAGCGGCAAACAAUCACAAUUGGAUGGCAUCAUCGGAGCUGGAAUUAAAGAUUUCAAUCCCACGGCAUUGCAUGACACAUUCAUACAAACCAUUAAAGAUUUGAAAAUUCUGCAGGAACGACAACAGGCCAAGUGCGAACGUCUAGAGGUGGCACUGAAACAGGAACAGGAAGCCCAUGCAAAGAAUAUAAUAAAAUUACAGGAACGCCAUCAACUGGCCUCCGGAGUAUUUUGGGAAUUGGAUGAGAAAAUUAAUUCUGUGGCUGGUAAAAUAAUACAUCUGGGCGAGCAAUUGGAAAAUGUCAAUACACCACGUAGCCGUACGGUAGAAGCCCAAACGCUACUAAAUUACAUGACCGAAUUUUUAAUUUCCGGACCAAUUGUAAAUGAUAUCUUCACGGAUCCCACACGACUCUAUGAAGCAGCCGAUGUUAUACAAAAACUCUAUGCCAUUGCACAGGAUUUGCCACCAGAAAAAUUUGUCGAUUCCAAGAGGAAAAUUGAAAAGAAAUAUGAUGAAGUGGAGAGACGUCUCAUCGAGGAAUUUGCUACGGCACAAAAAAGUGAAGAUAUUGAAAAAAUGAAGAAAUUAGCCCAGAUCCUAUCACAGUUUAAGGGUUAUGCUCAGUGCAUAGAUGCCUAUAUUGAACAGAGUCAAAUGACUCCAUACGGUGGCAAGGAUAUUUUCAUUGGCAUUGUACCAAUGUGUAAACAUCACUAUGAAAUUAUCAAGAAGGUAUUCUCAAAUCCCCAACAGGUGAUGUCGAAAUUCAUUCUGAAUAUAUAUCAAUUGAAAUUACAUCAAUAUGCCAUGACGAAGUUGGAUGAUAAACGUGAUGAGGAGAAAUAUUUGAAAACGCUGUAUGAGUUGUAUUCACGCACCCUCAAACUCUCCACCGAACUUCAGCAUUACAUGUCAGCAAUGGAUGAUGAUUUACUCAAUAAAUUGACUCAGCAAAUAUUCCAAAAACAUUUAAUAGGCUAUGCGGAAAUUGAAUCACAAUUUCUUACGCGUAAAUGUGCCACCGAGUUGGAGAAAUUCUAUGCCAGUAAAAAUCAUCAAAAAAAACCCGCUGAACGUUUUCAGGAAUUAAAACGUGAUAUGCAAGAGUUGAUACGUACCAAAGCCAAUAUCAAUAUAGCUCAAGUUGAGGAUUAUGGUGGUGAAACUUUCCUGUCCGAAGAAUUGGCCAUUAAAAUGUUACAAGAUGCAAAUGCCUCACUUAAACGGUGUCGUGUUCUCUCCUCCGAAUCGGAUUUACCCAGUAAUAUCAUAAAAUUAAAUGAUAUUCUUCUAAAGUAUUUGAUGAAUGAACAUGCCAUUUAUGCCUUGGGUUUGGGUUUAAAUAUUAUACCAAUUGCCGAUACGGGUAGACAAUUUCCGCAAUUGUAUUUUUUCGAUGUUGUCCAGAAAACAAAUAUUAUUGUGCAUUUGUUGGAGGAUCAGUGUAAUACAUCGGUGGUACCAUGUGUAAUUAAUACCCCCAAAUAUUCGGAAUAUAUUUUCAAAAAACGCACAAUGAUGGAACAAAUUGAGACUAAACUUGAUCAGGGUUUAGACCGUACAUUGAAUGCUGUAAUCGGUUGGGUUAAAUUGUAUUUAACCAAUGAACAAAAGAAAACGGAUUACAAUAAGCCGGAUUUUGAAUUUGAUACAAUAACAUCAGCAGCCUGUUCGCAUGUCGUUCAAAACAUUCACCCCGUCAUUAAACAAAUUAAAAAAUGUCUCGAUGGUGAAAAUCAAAAACAAAUACUCAAUGAAUUCGGUGUUCGAUUACAUCGUGUCAUCUACGAUCAUUUGCAGACAAUGCAAUUUAAUACGGCGGGUGCAAUGUGCGCCAUUUGUGACGUGAACGAAUAUCGCAAGUGUAUACGUGAACUGGAUAGUCCACUGGUAACACAAUUAUUUGACAUACUACACGCUUUGUGUAAUUUAUUGUUGGUAAAACCGGAGAAUUUACUGGAAGUGUGUACGGGAGAAACAUUGAACUAUUUGGACAAAUCGGUAGUACGUCAAUUCAUUCAAUUACGUGCUGAUUUUCGUGACAUAAAAAAUACAAACAACUUAAGGGGCAUUAUCGAAUAA